AUGGCGGCCCUUCCCGGCACGGUCCCGAGGAUGAUGCGGCCGGCUCCGGGGCAGAACUACCCGCGCACGGGAUUUCCGCUGGAAGUGUCCACUCCACUUGGCCAAGGCCGGGUCAACCAGCUUGGAGGGGUCUUCAUCAACGGGCGACUGCCUAACCACAUCCGCCACAAGAUAGUGGAGAUGGCUCACCAUGGCAUCCGGCCCUGUGUCAUCUCUCGCCAGCUGCGUGUCUCCCAUGGCUGUGUCUCCAAGAUUCUCUGCCGCUACCAGGAGACGGCCAUCCGGCCUGGGGCCAUCGGCGGCAGCAAGCCCAGACAGGUGGCGACCCCGGAUGUGGAGAAAAAGAUCGAGGAGUACAAGAGGGAAAACCCGGGCAUGUUCAGCUGGGAGAUCCGGGACCGGCUGCUGAAGGACGGCCACUGUGACCGCAGCACCGUGCCCUCAGUGAGUUCGAUUAGCCGCGUGCUGAGAAUCAAGUUCGGGAAGAAAGAGGAGGACGACGAAGCGGACAAGAAGGAAGACGACGGCGAGAAGAAAGCCAAACACAGCAUCGACGGCAUCCUGGGUGACAAAGGGAACAGGCUGGACGAGGGCUCGGACGUGGAGUCGGAGCCCGACCUCCCGCUGAAGCGCAAGCAGCGCCGCAGCCGCACCACGUUCACGGCCGAGCAGCUGGAGGAGCUGGAGAAGGCCUUCGAGAGGACCCACUACCCCGACAUCUACACCCGCGAGGAGCUGGCGCAGAGGACCAAGCUGACCGAGGCGCGCGUCCAGGUCUGGUUCAGUAACCGCCGCGCCCGUUGGCGUAAGCAGGCAGGAGCCAACCAGCUGGCGGCGUUCAACCACCUCCUGCCGGGAGGCUUCCCGCCCACCGGCAUGCCCACGCUGUCCCCCUACCAGCUGCCGGACUCCACCUACCCCACCACCACCAUCUCCCAAGACGGGGGCAGCACCGUGCACCGGCCGCAGCCCCUGCCGCCGUCCACCAUGCACCAGGGCGGGCUGGCCGCGGCCGCCGCUGCCGCGGACACCAGCUCCGCAUACGGAGCCCGCCACGGCUUCUCCAGCUACUCCGACAGCUUCAUGACCCCCGCGGCGCCCUCCAACCACAUGAACCCCGUCAGCAACGGCCUGUCCCCUCAGGUGAUGAGCAUCUUGAGCAACCCCAGCGCGGUGGCCCCGCAGCCGCAGGCCGACUUCUCCAUCUCCCCGCUGCACGGCGGCCUGGACUCGGCCACCUCCAUCUCGGCCAGCUGCAGCCAGCGGGCCGACUCCAUCAAGCCGGGGGACAGCCUGCCCACCUCCCAGUCCUAUUGCCCGCCCACCUACAGCACCACCGGCUACAGCGUGGACCCCGUGGCUGGCUAUCAGUACAGCCAGUACGGCCAGACUGCUGUUGAUUACCUGGCCAAAAACGUGAGCCUGUCUACACAGCGGCGCAUGAAGCUCGGGGAACACUCCGCAGUGCUGGGACUCCUGCCCGUGGAAACCGGCCAGGCCUACUAG